AUGGAAGCGAACGUCAACAUUUACAACGACACCCAAGAUUUAUUAGCCCCUCAGAGCAUUGAUGAGGGUAUUGCAUUAAUCCAAAAUCCAUCAUCUCUAAGGGGCCUAAUUGAACUCGAAAAAAUAUUCGGAAAUCUCUUUACAAGGCAAGAAAUAAAAGAAGCUUGGAAACUGAAUUGCUAUGAUAUAGAAAAGUCAGCGCUCUAUCUUCAAGAUUUGGCGCCUGAGAAUAUGCCUGAAAUUCAUCAGACGACGUCAGAAAUCAAAGAAAAAAUUUCUCGAGAAAUUGAACUUAAUGACAUUGUGGAGCCAAAUAACGAUACACUUAUAGAAAAUGUGGUAGAAGGUCCGACACGCGGGAAAAUUGCGCUUGAAUUUAGCUUGAGUCCUCAAUAUAUCAAUACCACUGUUGUGAUUUUUUACAUUUCUGAUGAAAUUCUCAAAGAAAUUUUUAGCUUCUUAAGCCCUUGCGAUAGGGGUAAAUGUGCAACUGUUUGUAGGACAUGGAAGCACAUUGAUCUCUCUACGAAUUAUUUAUAUAAAAUAGAUUGUCAAAGAGUAUGGAAUAAAGAGCAGUCAAGGCCUGAUGAAAAUGUGUUUCCGCAACCCUUUAAUCAAACCUCAGUGCUCUGGGGGGCUAAUUUCCCUGAAGAAUAUAAAGAACCUGAAGAAUAUUUAUAGAAAAUUUGAAUAAAUCUGCCACUAUAUUUUGGCUGUUCAUAUAGUUGUAAUAGAAAUAAAUAGUGACUAUAUUUUUUAACUAUUGAGCCAACUUAGCUCGUAUUGUAUAAAAUCAUUUAAAAACUGGAGGAAUAUGUGGAUCAAACGCCCAAGAAUAAAGUUCAACGGUGUUUAUGCUUCAAAGACUAUUUAUUACAAGCAAGGAGAAGCCAAUAUCAUGAAUAUUCCAACAUAUCAAAAAGUAGUGUUCUAUCGCUAUUUUAGAUUUUACGACGAUUUCUCAAUUUGCUGCCUUACCACAGCGAAAAAGCCAAGGGAUAUCGCGCAUAAUGUAUCGAAGAUUUAUGAAGGGGUAAGAGUUGGAGAAUGGGCUAAGAAGAAAAGCCAAAUUGUCAUGCAUCUUUUAGCUAAGCAUGAAGUUUAUACCUACAACUUCAAAAUCUGCUCAACUUUUUCAGGAGCCCACGAUACUUUGAGAUUAGAAGCUAUUUCCUCAAGAGCGCCCAAUGAUCUCUCUUUCUCCAUCAUGAACCUCAGCAGCGACGCCUGGCCGAAAUACUUCGUAUUUUAUCCAUUUAAAUAA